CAGCUCCCUCUAUCCCUGCUGAACGCCGCCCAAAACAAGCCCAUGCUGGUCGAGCUGAAGAACGGCGAGACGUUCAACGGGCAUCUCGUAAAUUGCGAUAACUUUAUGAACAUCACCUUGCGCGAGGUGUACCAGACGAACGCGGACGGCGACCGAUUCUGGAAAUUGAAGGAAUGCUAUAUCAGGGGGAGCACGAUCAAGUAUUUGCGUGUACCAGACACGCUGCUAGAUGCUGUGAAAGAAGAGCAAAACAAGGCGAGAGAGGCGGGCAGGAGCGCAAGAGGAGCGCAUGUAAGCGGUGCAGGGAACAGAGGUGUGUGA